AUGGCAGAGAAUAUCUUGCAGAACACCAUGGAUAAGAAGAAGGCAAGAGAAGGAGCUUCCGAUGCAGUGGCCGCACCCCCUUCGAAGCGCAGAAAGGGUGCAAAACGACAGACAAAAGUUCCAAAACAUGACGUAGUGUCGAUGCUUUCAGCACCUUCCGCUGAAAAUUCGACCCAUAAGCAGCCAAAGUUGUUUUCAGGAGGCACGCUUAAGGGUUACCAACUAGACGGUAUGGAAUGGUUGAUUACUUUGUUUGAGAAUGGGUUGAAUGGGAUUUUGGCCGAUGAGAUGGGGCUCGGGAAGACGAUUCAAUGUAUUGCCUUCUUGACGUUUCUUAUGGAAAAUGGUAUAAAAGGUCCGUUUCUCAUUGUGGUGCCCUUGUCGACAAUUUCUAACUGGAGCAAUGAGGUCAAGAGGUUUGCGCCAUCGCUUAAAGUGUUGAAAUACAUAGGAUCAAAGUCCGAACGAUCUGAGCUCACCAUAAAGUCAGAUUAUAAUAUUGUGUUGACGUCUUACGAGAUAUCCAUCAGGGAUUUUGCAAAACUCAAUCGUGUCAGCUGGAAAUACCUCAUUGUUGACGAGGGUCAUAGGUUAAAGAACAUGAAUUGCACUUUGAUCAAGUUCUUGAAAAAGUUAAAUGUGAACAAUAAGCUUUUAGUCACAGGGACACCGUUGCAGAAUAACCUAGAUGAGUUGUGGUCUUUGUUGAACUUUAUACUACCCGAUAUUUUCCACGACUUAGAUCUAUUUCAACAAUGGUUCAAUUUUGACGAGUUAACGAAUUUUCAGCAAGAAAAUAGUAACGACGAUGAAACCAACCGCUUAAUUGAAAUGAAUAUUCAGGAGAGCUUGGUUAAGAACUUGCAUACUAUUUUGAAGCCAUUUAUCUUGAGGCGAUUGAAAAAAGAGGUCAUCCGCAAUUUACCGCCUAAGAAGGAGUACAUUAUUCAUAUAUCCUUGAGCACAUUGCAGAAAAAGUUGUAUAAUGACGCGCUAAAUAACAAUUUGCUAUUCGGACUAUUAGAGGUCUACUUAAAAGAAUAUAUUCACUAUAACCAUGGUGCUUUAUUUGAUGGGUCUGAAAUCACCGAACUAAUUGAGAAGAAGCUCUCUACGGUACCUGUUGAUAAGAGAUCCAAACUUGGAUCAUUUAAGGAAGCUGAGAGUGAUGAAGAAUUUGAUUAUAUAGAAGAACAUAUCGAUCAAUCAAAACCGGAAUUGGAUGAGAAACAAAUUGCCAAAUUGCCCAAGGCGAAAAGAAAAGAAUAUAUUUUUGAUAAUUUGUACUAUAAAUGUCUCAAGCAGUUGAAAAAUUUAUCGUUGCAGAAUUUAGUUAUUCAAUUGAGGAAUAUUUGUAAUUCGCCAUAUAUAUUCUAUGAACCGUUUGAACCAAAUUCAAACAAGGAUGGAGAAUUUAUGGAGUUGUUGUUGCGCAAUUCUUCCAAGUUCAAAAUUUUGCAGCAAUUGUUGGAUGGGUUAUUGCUGCAAAAUCACAAAGUACUCAUAUUUUCACAGUUUACGAAAGUUUUAGACUUAAUAAAUGAUUGGCUCGUCUUCCAAAAUAUUAAUAUAUGCAGACUAGAUGGAUCAAUGAACCAGCUGGAUAGGGAGGUAGAAAUCACGGAGUUUAACGCCAAAAAUUCUAAGCAGCAAGUAUUUCUAUUAUCUACCAGAGCUGGUGGUUUAGGUAUCAAUCUAACUGCAUCAGACACGGUUAUUAUUUUUGAUAAUGAUUGGAACCCACAAAUAGAUUUACAGGCUAUUGACAGAGUACACAGAAUAGGUCAGACGAAGCCUGUAAAAAUUUACCGCUUCCUCAUAAAGAAUUCAAUAGAAGAAAUAUUGAUCAGUAAAUCUUAUUCGAAGAGGUUUCUCGAGAAAAUCAUUAUUCAAAUGGGUGAAUUUAAAUUUAAUAAAUUUCAAAAGGUCAUAAAUGAAAAGAAUCUUAAUUUCAAGAAUUUGGUUAACUUAUCAAAAAGUUUCAGAAUAAAUGGAGAGGUUAAAGAAAACGCAUCUGGUGAUAAUGAUUAUGAAGUGGAUGAAAGGGAAAAUGAGAAUAUGUUGACCGAUGAUGAAAUGACCGAGUUGUUGGAUAGAAGUGACGAAUGCUACAGGACAGAAAAGGAUUUUGAUAAUGUUUCGGUUUUUGAAACUAUAAAUAAUAUGGAUAAAUAA